AUGGCCUCCGCAAAGUUUCGCAAGCCUCCGCAGGCGCCUCCCAGUUUCACGGCAACGCCUGAAUCACUCGUGACAGACACGAAGGACAUGUUGGCUAGCUCAAAGAAAAUCACGGACGAGAUUGUUGCUCAAAUCUCGCACAAGGAUGCCACGUUUAAGAAUGUGCUUCUUCCCAUGGCGCAUGACGAGAAUCAGCAAACAUUGAAAGCCCACAUUCUGGGUUUUUAUCAGUCCGUCUCCACCGACCAGGCACUACGGGAUGCUUCAACUGAAGCAGAGAAACUCAUGGAUGAUUUCAGCAUUGAAGCGGCUAUGCGGGAGGAUGUCUUCAAUCUGGUCGACGCCGUACUUCAAAAAGGGGACAAGCUGGAUUCCGAGUCCCAGAGGUUGUUAGAGAAGGAGCAUAAGGCCUUUGUCCGAAAUGGGUUGAAUAUUCCUGCAGGACCCAAGCGGGAUCGGUUCAAGGAGAUUAAGAAGAGACUCAGCCAGCUGGGCAUUGCAUUUUCCAAGAACCUGAAUGAAGAGAAGGGUGGUCUGUGGUUCACCGCUGAAGAGCUCAAUGGUGUCCCGGAAGACGUCUUGUCUUUACUGAAGAAAGAGGGAGAUAAAUACUGGUUGACCUUCAAAUACCCUGACCUGUUUCCUACGCUCAAAUACGCGACAAACAGCGCCACGAGACGUACAGUCUUUAUUGCCAACGAGAACAAAUGCAAUCAAAACGUUCCGUUGUUUCGAGAAGCCAUCCUGCUCAGAGAUGAAGCCGCUCGCCUGCUUGGAUACCCCAACCACGCUGCUUUCAGGAUUGAGGACAAGAUGGCAAAGACCACCAAGACUGUGGACGACUUCCUGGCUGAUUUGCGCAACCGAUUGAGCCAAGGGGGGUUGGACGAGAUUGCAACUUUGAAGAAAAUGAAAGAGGAAGACCUGAAAUCUCGUGGCGAGGACUUUGAUGGCCGCUACUAUCUGUGGGACCACCGCUUUUACGACCGGAUGAUGGAAGAGAAGGACUAUCAGCUGGACCAACAGUUGAUCUCGGAGUGGUUUCCACUGCAAACCACGAUCAAAAGCAUGCUUGAGAUCUUUGAACAAAUCUUCGGCCUGGUCUUUGUGGAGAUUGUAGGCAAGGAUCGAGACACUGUUUCUCCAUCCGGCAAGGGCGAGGAUAUUGUGUGGCACGAGGAGGUGCAGGUCUUUAGCGUUUGGGACGACGAAGGCGAAGGUGGAGGUUUUGUGGGAUACCUCUACCUGGACCUGUUCCCUCGCACUGGCAAAUAUGGACAUGCUGCCAACUUCAAUCUCCAACCAGGCUUCAUCCAAGAAAACGGAACGAGGAGAUACCCAGCCACAGCUCUCGUGUGCAACUUCUCCAAACCCACGGCAAAGAAACCGAGUCUGCUAAAACACGAUGAAGUCACCACUCUCUUCCACGAACUCGGUCAUGGCAUCCAUGAUCUUGUAUCACGUACAACCUACUCGCGAUUCCAUGGUACCAACACCGUUAGGGAUUUUGUCGAAGCACCAAGCCAGAUGUUGGAGAAUUGGUGCUGGACGCCAUCCCAGCUCAAGUCCUUGAGUAGACACUAUUCGACGCUAUCGUCCGAAUAUUAUGAGGCAUGGAAAGAGGCAGCUGGUGUCUCGAGCGCCCAGAAGCCCGAGGAGCGCAUCCCAGAUGAUCUGAUACAGAAACUGAUCAAAACGAAGAACCUCAAUGGCGCCUUGUUCAAUCUCCGCCAACUCCACUUUGGCAUCUUCGACAUGACGAUACACGAACCUAAAGACCAUGCCAGCCUCGAAGCGAUGAACAUAUCCGAGACGUACAACGCCUUGAGGAAGGACAUUAGCAAGAUUGAUGGGCCGGAGGUGUUUGGCGAAGGCAACGCUUGGGGUAAUGGGCAAGCCACCUUUGGCCAUCUCAUGGGUGGUUAUGAUGCCGGCUACUACGGAUACCUCUCCUCCCAGGUCUACUCGACGGACAUGUUCUAUACGGUCUUCAAGAAGAAUCCCAUGGAUCCCAAAGAGGGUCGCCGCUACCGCCACACCGUCCUCGAAAAGGGCGGCAGUCAAGACGAAAUGAAGACACUGAUCGAAUUCCUUGGCCGGGAGCCCAAGACCGACGCUUUUUACGAGGAGCUGGGGCUCACCAAGUCAACGUAG